AUGGCACAUAAACCCACAUAUACCGAUCAACAGCUGGAGUUGUACCUGAGCCGCAUCGGGUAUUCCCACCCCGCUCAAUCUGAGAGUAAUCUUCUCCAGCAGCUCCGCCAGGAUAUUGAGAAAGAUGCACUUUCUGCGUUAUGUCAUCUGCAAAGACGACAUCUCGCUGCCAUUCCAUGGGGCAACUCAGCGCUACAUUAUUCGCAACAUCAUACUAUUUCUCUGAACCCGCAGAGUCUCUUUGAGAAGAUGGUGGAGCGGCAGCUAGAUGGAUACUGCAUGGAGAAUACGGGAAUCUUCUUGAUUGUAUUGCGGUCCUUGGGGUAUCUUGUUUACGCCACUGGAGGUAGAGUCAGUCAUGCUGCGGCGAAGGGAGUGGAUAAUGGGUUAUAUUUGGCAAUUGUUCUGAGCCUUCGAGCCGAGCUGACACCAUUGAUCCGGAAAAGUGGGCAUAUGGUUUUGAUUGUGACCAUUGGAGGGGAAAAGUACAUGGUUGAUGUCGGGUUUGGAAACAAUUGUGCCACUGCUCCACUAUUACUUCAAGAAGGUGCUACUGCUACAGCUAUUGCACCAUCCGAGAUGCGUAUUGUCAGAGAGAGCAUUGCCGAGUUUACGGAUCCAAGUCAAAAGAUCUGGAUCUAUCAAACAAGAUACAACCCCGAGAGCAAGUGGUUGCCACAAAUCUGCUUUUCCGAGGCGGAGUUCCUCCCACAGGAUUUCGGUGUCAUGAACUUCUCCGUCAGCCAGAGCCGGACUAGCUGGUUCACCCAGGUCUUUGUCUGCAUGCGAAUGAUUUUGAAUCAAACUGGAACAGAGAUCAUUGGGCAGUGCGUCAUGUCAGGCAAGGAUGUGAAGGAGAGAUUGCGCGGGCAAACGGAGAUCUUGCAGGUCCUGGAGACUGAAGAGGACCGUGUCAAGGCUCUGGCCAAGUAUUUCGAUAUGCACCUUCGUCAAAGUGAGAUCCAAGGUAUUCGGGGGAUGACCUCGGAGCUCAAGUAG